GUGCACACACCAAAACCGUUACACCAACUUUCAAAUCCACAAUAUUUACGUUUGACUAUGCUACAGUCCAGCGACCAAUACCGCUGUAUCGGAAAGGGCUUUUGCGGUGGUAUCUGGACUCUUGGAAGCUGCCAAGACAAUGAUGAACGACAAAUCGUCAUGAAGCGCGAAGAUAGCAGGCCUGGCCGAUCUGUCACGAACGACUACAACACGCACCUCCAACUUCUCCAGAGCGCACUUCAACAGCCUCCCUCGAUGACUCUCUCAAUAUCGCGGUAUCACAAGUUGUCACACAAUCGAGCACCUCAAUUGAGGGUGUGGAGCUUGCCGGCCUGGAUAAACUGGAAGGAGUGCCUCCGGGUCUAACCAGAAGCUCGUUUUAUCCGUUCUUCGUUAACAAGCUGCCGGAUAAUUGGCCAGCUGCUUGCUUAUCCAGGAUCACGUGAUCCACACAUAUAUUCUAUGUAUAUAAACCUUACUUUUGUGAUAGGAUAGAUAGCCAC